AUGUAUUUUUGUUGUUGUUGCUUCUGUGAAUGUUAUAGAAAUUAGGUUGUGUGUGGAUAGAUAUUAGAGCUGAGCUGACUUCUCUGUCUGACUGGAUGUGCUCACCUUUGCACAGUGAAAUGGUGAAGAUUAAAAAGCCAUUUUGGUCACAGCAUGUGUCUCUGAGCUGAAGGGAGAGUCUGCCCUGGACCAUAACUUUUAAAGAACCAGUUGGCUGACAUCUGUGCCAAAGCACAGUGAUCAGCAGAGACCUGUUUGUGCCGCUUUGUAGACGGAUAGCAGCAGAUCAAUUUAGCUGAGCUGUCUGUUGCAGGCCGGUCACGAGGACAUAGACACUCCCAAAGUGUAGCUAGCCCUCACACCACUGUCCCAGGCUGGUUUGGGUUGUGGCAAGAGAAAAAAAAUUGCUCUGUGUAGCCCGAUACAUCUGAGGUAAGAACACCUUUAUAGCCGGAAGGGGGAAAGCAAGAGUCGUACAUCCUCCAGCCUCGCCCAUCUGUGGUGAUGUAAAUGUAUGCUAGUCUUUCCCGAACUAAUCCCUCAGGCCGGUAUACAAUUCAGCUCUUUUGGUGGAGAGCCACCAGCUCUUAGCACUGCUUUAGUACUUGUUAAUAACAAAAAUUGCAGCUGCAGCGCAUGUGAACAUUUGACCUUGAAGCCUCACAGGAGAACAGACAUUGCCGAUUUCUACUUGUCCUUGAGUUACAAGAGUAGAUAAUGAAUUAAUAGAAAUUGAUGAAGAGUAUCUGUCAGGCAGCUGCUGAGGUCAUGAGACUGGUAUGCGGAAAGAGUGCCCAUACAACAUGCGUAAUACAUAAUGCAGCCCAGAGAGGUGGGUGGGUCAUGGAAGCAGGAAGCGAGCCUCAGAAGGAAUGUUGGCUCUGCUAGAGCCACAAGCCUGGAGCGCAUAGGCUCGCCAGCAGCUAACAGGGAAAUGGGAGCACUUGCCGCUGCAGAGACGUAGCCAUAGACGGUGGCAGCACUGUUGCUGUAUUGGGGCUUCAAAGACAUUGAAGACAGUGCAGAGAACUUGCAUUCCGCCAGGCAGUUCUGACGCACACAAGAAUGCGGAGGCCCAUACGCAGGGCAAGGUUGGGGACACAGAUAGAGGGGGCUUCUGUGCCCAGCUGCUGCCUUUCCCUGGACACUCACACUAGUAAAACAUGCUCUUGAAUCAAAUUGGGAGGAAACAUGCUGACAGAAACGUAGGCUCUACCGGCCUUCCAACGUCUGCUGCCGAUUAGUUACCUAUGGGAGUUUACAUAAACUAGUUUCGGCAAGCGCUCUGCAGGAAGCUUUAGGCGCGGCUGUGAGUGCAUUGUCUUAGAGCCUUCUGAAAUGAUUGUGGUGGACUAUAUGGAUGAAAAUGAAGAAUAUUUCCAACGUCAAGCCUCCCACAGACAGUCUCGGAGAAGGUUUAGAAAGAUCAACCAGAAAGGUGAAAGACAAACAAUUAUCGACACAGUGGACCCUUACCCUGUGGGCAAGCCACCCUUACCUAGAGGCUAUCAUACGGAAUGCACUAAAUCUCAGCUCCCUGCAGACUUCACAAAGCUGCACCUCACUGACAGCCUGCACCCACAGGUGACCCACGUUUCCUCCAGCCAUUCAGGAUGCAGCAUCACCAGCGACUCUGGAAGCAGCAGUCUUUCUGACAUUUACCAGGCCACGGAGAGCGAGGCUGGUGACAUGGACCUGAGUGGACUGCCAGAGACGGCGGUCGACUCUGAGGAUGACGACGAUGAGGAAGACAUCGAGAGAGCAUCAGACCCUCUGAUGAGCAGGGACAUCGUGAGAGACUGCCUAGAGAAGGACCCGAUAGACAGGACUGAUGAUGACAUCGAACAACUCCUGGAAUUUAUGCACCAGCUGCCAGCCUUUGCCAACAUGACAAUGUCGGUGAGACGGGAGCUCUGUGCCGUGAUGGUGUUCGCAGUGGUGGAAAGAGCUGGAACCAUUGUGUUAAACGAUGGAGAAGAGCUGGAUUCCUGGUCAGUGAUUCUCAACGGUUCCGUGGAGGUGACGUAUCCAGACGGGAAAGCAGAAAUUCUGUGCAUGGGAAACAGCUUUGGUGUUUCGCCCACCAUGGACAAAGAAUACAUGAAAGGAGUCAUGAGGACCAAGGUGGAUGACUGCCAGUUUGUCUGCAUUGCCCAGCAAGAUUACUGCCGGAUUUUGAACCAAGUAGAAAAGAACAUGCAAAAAGUUGAGGAAGAAGGAGAGAUUGUAAUGGUGAAGGAGCACCGAGAACUUGAUCGGACUGGAACAAGGAAGGGCCACAUUGUCAUCAAGGGCACCUCAGAAAGGCUGACCAUGCAUUUGGUGGAAGAGCAUUCUGUAGUUGAUCCAACGUUCAUAGAAGACUUCCUGUUGACAUACCGGACUUUCCUUUCCAGCCCGAUGGAAGUGGGCAAGAAGUUAUUGGAGUGGUUCAAUGACCCGAGCCUCAGGGAUAAGGUGACACGGGUAGUAUUACUGUGGGUGAACAAUCACUUCAAUGACUUUGAAGGAGAUCCUGCAAUGACUCGAUUUCUGGAAGAAUUUGAAAAUAAUCUGGAAAGAGAGAAAAUGGGUGGACAUCUAAGGCUGUUAAACAUUGCAUGUGCAGCUAAAGCCAAACGAAGAUUGAUGACAUUAACAAAGCCUUCCCGGGAAGCCCCUCUGCCUUUCAUCCUACUGGGAGGCUCUGAAAAGGGCUUUGGCAUCUUUGUGGACAGCGUUGACUCGUGUAGCAAAGCCACGGAAGCAGGCUUGAAGCGAGGGGAUCAGAUAUUAGAAGUGAAUGGUCAAAAUUUUGAAAAUAUCCAACUUUCAAAGGCAAUGGAAAUCCUCAGAAAUAACACACACCUGUCCAUCACUGUGAAAACCAACUUAUUUGUAUUUAAAGAACUUCUGACGAGAUUGUCUGAAGAGAAAAGAAAUGGUGCCCCUCACCUUCCUAAAAUCGGAGACAUCAAGAAGGCCAGUCGCUACUCCAUACCGGAUCUUGCUGUAGAUGUAGAACAGGUGAUAGGCCUCGAGAAGGUCAACAAGAAGAGCAAAGCCAACACCGUGGGAGGAAGAAACAAGCUAAAGAAAAUACUCGACAAGACCCGGAUCAGUAUCUUACCUCAGAAACCAUACAAUGAUAUUGGGAUUGGUCAGUCUCAAGAUGAUAGUAUCGUAGGACUGAGGCAGACCAAGCACAUCCCAGCUGCCCUGCCUGUCAGUGGAACGCUGUCCUCCAGUAACCCUGACUUGCUACAGUCACACCACCGGAUUCUGGACUUCAGCACCACUCCUGACUUGCCAGAUCAGGUACUGAGAGUUUUCAAGGCUGACCAGCAAAGCAGGUACAUCAUGAUCAGUAAGGACACCACAGCAAAGGAAGUGGUCAUCCAGGCCAUCAGAGAGUUCGCUGUUACUGCCACCCCAGAGCAGUACUCCCUCUGUGAGGUCUCAGUCACACCAGAAGGAGUGAUCAAACAACGACGACUCCCAGAUCAGCUUUCCAAGCUUGCCGACAGAAUACAGCUGAGUGGAAGGUAUUAUCUGAAAAACAACAUGGAAACAGAAACGCUUUGCUCAGAUGAAGAUGCCCAGGAGCUGUUGCGAGAGAGCCAAAUCUCACUUCUCCAGCUCAGCACUGUGGAGGUCGCCACGCAGCUCUCCAUGAGGAACUUUGAACUCUUCCGAAACAUUGAGCCUACUGAAUACAUAGAUGAUUUAUUUAAACUCAAAUCAAAAACCAGCUGUGCCAACCUGAAGAAGUUUGAGGAAGUCAUUAACCAGGAAACAUUUUGGGUAGCUUCUGAAAUCCUUCGAGAAACAAACCAGCUUAAGAGAAUGAAGAUCAUUAAGCAUUUCAUCAAGAUUGCCUUGCACUGUAGGGAAUGCAAGAAUUUUAACUCCAUGUUUGCAAUCAUCAGUGGCCUAAACCUGGCACCAGUGGCAAGAUUACGAACCACCUGGGAAAAACUCCCCAAUAAAUAUGAAAAGCUAUUCCAGGACCUACAAGACUUGUUCGAUCCUUCCAGAAACAUGGCAAAGUACCGCAAUGUCCUGAGUGGCCAGAACUUACAGCCUCCUGUCAUUCCCCUGUUCCCUGUCAUCAAGAAGGACCUCACGUUCCUCCAUGAGGGAAAUGACUCAAAAGUAGAUGGGCUGGUCAACUUCGAAAAGCUGAGGAUGAUCGCAAAGGAAAUCCGCCAUGUUGGCCGAAUGGCCUCCGUCAACAUGGACCCCGCCCUUAUGUUCAGGACUCGGAAGAAGAAGUGGCGGAGUCUGGGGUCGCUGAGUCAGGGCAGUGCAAACGCCACGGUGCUGGACGUUGCUCAGACAGGCGGGCAUAAAAAGCGGGUACGCCGUAGUUCCUUCCUCAAUGCCAAAAAGCUGUAUGAAGACGCCCAGAUGGCUCGGAAAGUGAAGCAGUACCUGUCCAACCUGGAGCUGGAGAUGGACGAGGAGAGUCUUCAGACGCUGUCACUGCAGUGUGAACCAGCAACCAGCACAUUGCCCAAGAAUCCUGGAGACAAAAAGCCUGUCAAGUCUGAGACCUCCCCAGUGGCUCCACGUGCAGGGCCCCAGCAGAAAGUGCAGCCUCAACAGCCGCUGGCACAGCCACCACCACCGCAUAAAGUCAGCCAGGGACUGCAGGUGCCUGCUGUGUCCCUCUACCCUUCACGAAAGAAGGUGCCGGUGAAGGAUCUGCCACCUUUUGGCAUAAACUCUCCACAAGCUUUAAAGAAAAUCUUGUCCUUGUCUGAAGAAGGGAGUUUGGAACGUCACAGGAAGCAAGCAGAAGAUACAAUAUCAAAUGCGUCUUCGCAGCUGUCAUCACCCCCCACGUCACCUCAGAGCUCUCCAAGGAAAGGUUAUGCGCUGGCUCUCAGUGGUACUGUGGAUAAUUUCUCAGAUUCUGGUCACAGUGAGAUUUCUUCACGAUCCAGUAUUGUCAGCAACUCUUCUUUUGACUCAGUGCCAGUCUCUCUGCAUGAUGAACGGCGCCAGAGGCAUUCUGUCAGCAUUGUGGAGAGCAACCUAGGUGUGGGCAGGAUGGAGCGGCGGGCCCUGAUGGAGCCUGAUCAAUACAGCCUAGGGUCGUAUGCCCCAGUGUCUGAAAGCCGAGGCCUGUAUGCAGCAGCGACAGUCAUCUCUUCUCCCAGCACAGAAGAGCUUUCCCAUGACCAAGGGGACCGUGCUUCUCUCGACGCUGCUGACAGUGGUCGUGGGAGCUGGACAUCAUGCUCAAGUGGUUCUCACGACAACAUACAGACCAUCCAGCACCAGAGAAGCUGGGAAACUUUGCCGUUUGGGCACACUCACUUUGACUAUUCAGGGGAUGCUGCAGGAAUAUGGGCCUCUGGUGGCCAUAUGGACCAAAUUAUGUUUUCUGAUCAUAGCACAAAAUAUAAUAGACAAACUCAAAGUAGAGAGAGUCUUGAGCAGGCCCAGUCCCGGGCCAGCUGGGCGUCUUCCACGGGCUACUGGGGGGAAGACUCAGAAGGCGACACGGGCACUAUCAAGCGACGGGGUGGGAAGGACGUCUCUGCUGAGGCAGAGAGCAGCAGCAUGGUGCCUGUGACGACAGAGGAAGCCAAACCUGUCCCUAUGCCUGCCCACAUAGCGGUGACACCGAACACUACAAAGGGACUCAUUGCACGCAAGGAAGGCAGGUACCGGGAGCCGCCUCCCACACCUCCAGGCUACGUGGGCAUCCCCAUUGCCGAUUUCCCAGAAGGGCCCUGCCACCCGGCCAGGAAGCCCCCGGAUUACAACGUGGCCCUGCAGCGGUCCCGCAUGGUGGCACGGCCCACCGAAGCCCCGGCACCGGGCCAGACGCCGCCUGCAGCCACAGCCAGCCGGCCGGGCAGCAAGCCGCAGUGGCACAAGCCCAGCGACGCAGACCCACGCCUAGCGCCCUUCCAGCCGCAGGGCUUCGCCGGAGCGGAGGAGGACGAAGAUGAACAAGUGUCUGCUGUUUGAGGCACAGGCUCCUUGAUCCAGAGCGAGCCAUCCAAAGGAGAGCACAAGAAGACGUCCCAAGCUCUGGAGCCUUGGCACGCACAUCUGAGGAUGGUGGACCAGUUUGCCUCCUUCCCCGCCUUAAAGCAGCAUGGGGCUUCUUCUCCCCUUCUUCCUUUCCCCUUUGCAUGUGAAAUACUGUGAAGAAAUUGCCCUGGCACUUUGCAAACUUGUUGCUUGAAAUGCACAGCCCAGCAGUCUCCGAGCUGCUGCCUGCCACGUCACGCAGUAUCAUUCCAAAUUCCAAGAUCGUCACUAGGUGAUCCCCUCUGGCGGCCCUUCUCCGUGCCUGGAAGGAGUUUCCAAUCUUCCUCUUAGAUUUCAAUCCGGUCCUAGCCCUCGAUCUCAUUUGGAAGAUGAGAAAAGCUAGCCUUUGAACUACUUGGGUUCUCGGACCCACCAAGGAAGACAAAGACUGAUAUGAAAUCCUUUGAGUACAGUGCUUGUCCACUUGUUUACAAUAUCCUUUAAAAAAAAUAAGUUUAAAGAUUGUGUUCAGAGAGUAAAUGUUAUAUCCAUUUAAUGAUUACAGUAUUAUUUUGAACCUUAAGUAGGAUUGCCAGCCUGGGUUUCUGAAAAACCAAAUAUGCCGGACAGGGUUUGGCCGCACCAAGGGAAGACCUGGGCAGUGACCCCGUCUUCCCAUGUCCUUCUGGCCUUGCCCGUGAAGUGCCCUAUCCCAGAAGCAUCAAACGUUAGCCAAUUACUUAAAUACCAAGACUCCUCACCUGCUCCUUCCCCAGUGGGUGAGGCUCUAAUGUAAAACAGUUUGCACAUGGCCAGGGGAGGGAACUGGGACUUGUGUGUCCUGUCUGAGCCUUAUGAGGCAGGAUGGUGUUAUUUGAGAGUGUGUCCUGCUCAAUUACAGUGGAUGGCAACCCCUGUUUUUAAGUUAUGUUUGUUUGUUUUUAUGGGUUUUUUUUUUUUUGAGUUUUGUUAAUUUAGGGUUUUAGAGCUUUUUGUUUUUAUUUUUUAAAAGAAACAUUUAUAACUGGAUAGCAUUGCAGUGAGGCAGCUUGGGGUAUUGGAGCAAAUGCCAGCUGUUUGUACUGCUCUUUCAAGACAGCCUCCCCUUGUUGGAUUGGCACCAGAGAGUAUGUCUUUAAACAUGAUUAAAGGUCACAAACUUGGUUAAAUACGCCAGCCUUUGCAAAGUGGUUAGUCACCAAAGACUGACCUGUAUGUGGCUUUGUGGACGCUGCAUAUGGAGAAGGCCUAAGUGUAGCGCCCGUCUGCUCAUAGCUGCUACUAGCCCUAGAAUGACUGAAAAUGACCCCGCCGGUCUAUUCUUGUGUUGUUUUUGCACAGACUCCGGAAAAGUGAAGGCUGCCAAUCCGAGUAGUACUCAGACGUGAGGGGCUGCUGAUCUUGGAUUUUUCCAUUAAAUUCAGCUGAUCAUAUUGAUCAGUAGAUAAACGUAAAUAGCUUCAAAUUUUAAAGGUCGAAUUGCAGUGUUUUUUCACUGUGUCAAACAAUGUCAGUGCUUUAUUUAAUAAUUCUCUUCUAUGUCAUGGCGUUUGUCUACUUCUGUAUCACAUUGUCACUUACGCAUUUGUAAUUUUACAUGUAAUAUGCAUUAUUGCCAGUUUUACUCUAUAGGCUAUGGACCUCAUGUGCAUAUAGAAAGACAAAACUCUAGCUCUACCACAAAUUGCACAGAUGUUAUCUAAACAUUAAGUAAUUGUAGAACAUAGGACUGCUAAUCUCAGUUCGCUCUGUGAUGUCAAGUGCAGAAUGUAAAAUUAACUGGUGAUUCCUCAUACUUUUGAUACCACUUGUACCUGUAUGUCUUUUAGAAAGACAUUGGUGGAGUCUGUAUCCCUUUUGUAUUUUUAAUACAAUAAUUGUACAUAUUGGUUAUAUUUUUGUUGAAGAUGGUAGAAAUGUACUAUGUUUAUGCUUCUCCAUCCAGUUUGUACAAGCUGGAGAAUAAAUAAAUAUAACAUAAA